CUGAAAUGUCAGAAAUACAUUCUUUAAAACUGGAAAAAGUGACUGAUAUAAACAUUUACACCCCAGUGGACCCUAUAGUUUGUUUUGGAUAAUUUUUAUCCAGUGACAAAAUGUUUUGAAAAACUAAACAUGGACCUUUUUCAGACUUAAUGUUAGCUAUUGUUUGUUUUGGUGGAAUUGGUGAAAGGAAUUUUUGACAAAGAAGGUCUUUCUACAGUAAGUAUUUCGGUGGUCUGUAGACAUUUUUCCAAGGCUUAAAAAGAGGUGUUUUAAUGAAUAACUGUUGUUGUUUUUUGGGGGUUGCUCUGGCUGGUUAAUGGUACUGUUUUACUGUGAAGGGCAAACACCUUAUGAAAAGGUUGUGUGUGUGUGUGUGCGAAAAUGAUUGCCUGGAUCAUUGUACGCUGCCUAAAGUGCAGAGAGCAGACUGGCCCAGCGAGGGUUAACAAUAGCAGCCUGUGUUCCCUCCUCCUGACUCUCACUGGCUGAGAAGCAGCGUGAGGAGAACACACACUCUCACUCCACGGAGACCGACUGAGAGACAGACAGAGUGAGCGAGGGGAGGGACUGUGGACGCCUGGGAGAACCAGAUCUCGUAUGCUUCUCGCUGGGGCUUCACCCACUAAACCUCCCUGCUCCUCAUCGUUCCUCACUGCCCUCAUCAACCCAUGGGACUCCAGACUCGGCCGCUCAGCGACCCGUCUCUCACUUCCAUGGCCUGCCUUGAUGUGGAAACCCCCGUUGUGUGCAGGGUCCUCCAGCUCCGCCUGCAGCAGAGGCGCACCCGGGAGCAGCUGGUGGAGCAGGGCAUCAUGCCACCCCUGAAAACCCCCGCCGUCUUUCACGAGCAGAUCCGCAGCCUGGAGAGGGCAAGGACUGAGAACUUCUUGAAGCACAAAAUCCGCAGCAGGCCUCAACGCUCUGAACUGGUCCGCAUGCACAUCCUGCAAGAGACCCACGCAGAGCCCUCCCUGCAGGCCACCCAGAUGAUGCUGAAGAGGGCCAGGUUGGCUGACGACCUGAAUGAGAAGAUCGCCCAGCGGCCUGGACCCAUGGAGCUGGUGGAGAAGAACAUCCUGCCGGUUGACUCCAGCGCCAAGGAGGUCAUCAUCGAUGGUGAGGAGAAACACCCCAAGACACCAGAUGUGUACAACUUUGAAGAGGACAGCAGUGACACCCUGUCCCCCGAGCAACCUGCCAGUCAGGAGUCCCAGAGCUCCUCCGCCUCCCCCAGGGAGCCCAGGGGGACAGAGGCCCCCUCUACCUCCCCUCCCACCAGCUGCGCUCUGCAGUACUGUCCACCUACAUCCCAGUCCGCACCAGAUGUCCUCAAUUUUGCCUCCACCAAUGAGCAGCAAAACAAUCGACUGACAACUGUGCCUCAACCAAUCCCUUCUGUCGCUCCUGCUAAAACAGGGCCUACCCUCAUAAAGCAAAGCCAGCCUAAGACUUCAAGUGACAAGAGCCGCAGCAAAAAGAACAAAGAGUCCAAGCCUCGCGUGAAGAAGCUCAAGUACCACCAGUACAUCCCCCCCGACCAGAAACAGGAGCCCAACGAGGCGCCCAUGGACUCGGCCUACGCCCGCCUACUUCACCAGCAGCAGCAGUUUCUCCAGCUGCAGAUCCUCAGCCAACAGCAGCAGCACUACAACUACCAGGCCAUCCUACCUGCUCUGCGCAAGCCCGGGGAUGAGGCCCAGAGCAGCUGCUCUAGUGUGGCCCUGAAUGGUAGUGGUCUGUCCACUCCCAUUGUGGUGUCUGUUCCCAGUGGCGCCACUGUGCGGCCAAACCAGACCCUGACCAACCGCAAGCCUGGCCAGUUACCUGCCAACCUGGAUGAAAUGAAGGUUGCAGAGCUGAAAAUGGAGCUGAAACUGAGAGGGCUGCCGGUAUCUGGCACCAAGACGGAUCUGAUCGAGAGGCUAAAGCCUUAUCAGGAGAACUGGAGCGCCCAGCCAGCCUCUACCAUGGAGGUGACCGCCCUCACAGAGACACCCCAGCCAGACAACAUGAGCUCCACCCCGCCUGUGUCCCCUGUGCCCUCAGAGGUGUCCAGCCUGGGCAUGGAGGAGGCCGGGACAGUGGACGGUCGCUUUAGGAUGCCAGGGACUCUCUCCCCAGCCUGCCCUGCUUCCUCCGGAACUUCCCCUCACAGAGCCCCUCUGGAGGACAGCUUCAUGGAGACCAGGACAUCCGAGAAGGACCAGCGGCUGCACGAGAAGGAGCGCCAGAUCGAGGAGUUGAUCAGGAAGCUGGAGCGGGAGCAGAAAUUGGUGGAGGAGCUGAAGAUGCAGCUGGAGGUGGAGAAGAAGAUCCAAGGGGCCUCGCAGCCAGAACCUAGCCCACCAGCCCGGGUCAAAGAGGAGAGCAGAGCUUCCCCAAACUGCGCUGCCGUGUGCAGCCUUCCAGCCCUGCCAGCUGUGGUGAAACAAGAGGAGCCUGCAACCCAGCUCCACGCGGCUCCAAUGCCCCAGUUCUUCCUCAGUCAGCAGCAGGUACCUCAGACAGCCCCCAGACAGCCUCAAACCAUGCUGGCGGCCCAGCCUGGAACUCAGAUCCUGCUGCCUGUCUCCCUCCCGGCCUCCUCCACCAACAUCCGUCUCCCAAACAAUGGCAUCAAAUUGCCAGUCAGACAACCAGCCCUCAAGACCACUAUGAGAACUGCAUCUCCAGGCCUCAUCCAGACUCAGGUGCUUCAGAAAACCGAGGCAUCAGUACCUCAACAAAGCACCACUCAUCAACAGCCUCAGACACAGCCCAUGGAGCAGACAGUCCCACUAUGUACCACCUCAGGCUCAGGUUUCCAGAUCAGACCAACACAUGGCCAGGGCCAGAACCAGCGUCAAGGUCAGGCCAUGACAGACAUGACCCAAGGUUUCCUCAACUCCUCUCCAGGGAGCAGGUCCCCUGCCAGGGCCUCGACCAACCAAGCGAUCGCUAACGUGCCCACAAAGACUCCUUCUCCUUGCCAGCCAACCUAUAUCCUGCAGCAGCAGACCUUCAUUAACCAUGUUCCAAAGAGUAAGGACCCACCCCGCUAUGAGGAGGCAGUCAAACAGACCCGCAGCAUGCAGACUGCUGUUCAGGUUCCCAAUGCAACCAGCCAGCACAUGGACGACCUGUUUGAUGUGUUGAUAGAAAGUGGAGAGAUAUCCCCCUUCAGCAGACAGGACCAUCCCUUCCAGGACAAGCUGCUUCCUGUGACAGCCAGUGUCACCACCCUACCGAUUAACACAGUGCUGUCCCGUCCCCCACCCCAGAUCCAUGUGGCCCGGCCACCUGGCCCCACCCGGUCCCCCCCAUCCAGCCUGGUGGCCCUGGCCACAGACAACCAGCUUGAGGCCUUUUUAGACUGCACACUGGCCGGGGGCGCAGAGCCACGGACUCUGAGGUUGAUGGAGGAACUGCACAGCCAGCUGCUCAACAAUCCACAGUCCCCCAUGGACACCAACGAGCUGGGCUUCAAUGACGCCACACCUCCCUCCUCCUACCACCUGCAGGACACCAACCUGGACAACAUGGAGUGGCUGGACCUUACCAUGCCCGUCUCAGCUUCCUCAGGAGUCUUCUCCUCUGAUUUUCUGGACUCCCACGACUUGCAGCUGCACUGGGACUGAGAGACAUGAGUCUCCUUGUGAGAUCACUUAUGAGCUUUAUGUUGUACAAGGUUCUCCAGACUUCACUGUGCUGUCUUACUGCUAAAGCCAGCAGUUCUCAUUCCUCAUUAGACUGAGUUUGCUUGCCCUCUGACCUUAAUACCGCCAAUUCCAACAAAAGUACAGUAUGUACCUAAUAAAGACCCACUCACUUUGAAGAUGGGCUCUCUCUGUAGUGAGGCAGUAAGACCACUGAAUUUCCUCAGUACAUCUUGAGGAAUAAUCAGUCAAAGACAGUAAAAUGGUUCUACCACUGUCACUCCGACCACUGUUUCUUUGUGCUAAUUUACCAUUCUUUCCAUAAUCAUAACGAGGAAUGUAGAUACCUGUGGGGACAUGUUUUGCAACAAAAAUCUUUGGAGGGGGGAGUAGUCAGAAGUGGCAUUAGAGACCACCUGCUUCACACAUCCCUAUACGGCAGCUGUAUAACAAUCAUUCUUGACAUAUUUAAAUGUGGAAUUAGCCAGCAUUACUUGAGAAGAUGACUACACCUACACUGUUGCCUUCAUAGGGGGCAAGGCAGUACAAAUAUGGAUGAACUGUAUGUUUCAUUAUGCUUUUAACCACAAAUUUAACAUCACACCUCACUAUGGAUGACAACCAAGUUUAGUUCCAGCACACGUGAUCAGACAGGGUUUACUUAGGUUAACCUAGUAACCUACUUACUUUGACCUUCUGCCAGAUAGGAAGUCUGAUCCAAACUGAUUACUUAUUAGAUUUAGAUGAGAAUUUAGAAUCCGAAUGAGACUUAAGAGGGGUUUAUGUGAUAUAGGAGAAAUGUGCGUUUUGACAAUGUCAUAGUGCUGCCAGAAAUGGUGCCGUGGCCCAAAUGUGUUGCCAUAGCUGCAUCUCCAUGUGGCUCCCAGCCCGCAUUGAUGUAGAGAAUUAGAGGGACCUAAUGUCAAAACAUUGGAUGACCCAAUUCAAAAUAUUAGUGCUUGAACAGUCCAUUUAACUGAACUUAGACCGAGAUUAUAUUGGUAACACAGUUAGUUUAAAUUAUGUUCACGACUCAAGUUCAUGUUGUAAAAAUGUGAUCAUAGUGACAUCUACUGGCCAAAUAUGAUUGACUUACUUUGCCAAAGAUUUCAUUUACUGUAUAUUUGUAUAUGCUAGAGGCAUUUUACACAUUGAUUGCUACACUCAAAUUAUUUUUUAGAAACCCCAAAUGAUAGAAAACAUAUGUCAAUGAAUAUGACAAUCCAAGCACUUAAAUAUAAAUGCAAAUAAUACUGAGUUUAUAACCAACAACGUUUUGAAAAUGACCUCCUCCUGUCACUGUAUUUCUAGUUGAGCAUCAAUGCCUAAUUUCCCCAUUCAAAUUGUUUUCCAUCUGAAUGAGACUUUCUCAGUAUAGGAAGCAUGUGCUGCAUUGUAAGUAUGUUAUGUUUUGCACAUUGUGUAGAUAUUAUGUAUAUAAAGUAUGUUAUACAUUUUAUACAAAUGUAGCAGAUGUGAGAUCCCCUUGUAAAUAGCCAUAAUGUUUGGGUAAUGUGUUUUCCAUAUUGAAAUGUGUAUAUAGCCUUAUUGUGUCAAUUAAAAUGUACCAUAGACUGUU